UACAGAGGUAAAGACGAGGGCCGGCAAUACCAGAAGGCCAGAGAGAGAGGUUGAGAGAGAGAGAGAGGGAGAGAGAGGGUGUCGUGAAGGGAAGAGCUGCUUCAGGACGCGGAACAAUGGGUGCAGGUGGUCGAAUGUCUGCUCCCCCCAGUGCCAAAAAAUCAGAAGCUGACAUUGUCCAGCGAGCUCCCCACUCGAAACCCCAAUUCGCACUUAGCCAGCUCAAGAAGGCCAUCCCCCCACAUUGUUUCCAGCGAUCUGUUCUCCGCUCAUUCUCCUAUGUGGUUUCCGACCUCACAUGGGCAUCUCUCUUAUAUUACAUUGCUACCAAUUAUUUCCACCUCCUUCCUCAUCCUCUCUCCUACCUGGCCUGGCCAAUUUACUGGGCCUUCCAAGGUUGCAUCCUAACUGGCGUUUGGGUCAUAGCACAUGAAUGUGGCCACCAUGCCUUCAGUGACUACCAAUGGCUUGAUGACACUGUUGGCCUCAUCCUACAUUCCUCUCUCCUUGUACCUUACUUCUCCUGGAAAUAUAGCCAUCGCCGCCAUCAUUCUAAUACCGGUUCCCUCGAGAAGGAUGAAGUCUUUGUCCCCAAAACCAAAUCCAAACUCGGAUGGUACUCCAAAUACCUGAACAAUCCACUUGGUCGAUUUGUCACACUCACCAUUCAACUCACUCUAGGCUGGCCUUUGUACCUAAUGUUCAACGUUUCAGGCAGGCGCUACAGUAGAUUUGCUUGCCACUAUGAUCCACAUGGUCCAAUUUACUCAGAUCGCGAGCGACUGCAGAUAUACAUUUCAGAUGCUGGUGUUCUUGCCAUCACCUAUGGACUUUACCGUCUUGCAGUAUCAAAAGGUCUCACAUGGGUUUUGUGUGUUUAUGGAUGUCCCUUGCUGAUUGUGAAUGGAUUUCUGGUGCUGAUAACGUAUUUGCAGCAUACCCACCCGUCUCUGCCACACUAUGAUUCCUCUGAGUGGGACUGGUUGAGAGGAGCUUUGGCCACCAUGGAUAGAGACUAUGGAAUUCUUAACAAGGUUUUCCAUCAUAUAACGGAUACUCAUGUGGCACACCAUUUGUUCUCAACAAUGCCGCAUUAUCAUGCAAUGGAGGCUACAAAGGCCAUAAAGCCAGUAUUAGGAGAUUAUUAUCAGUUUGAUGGGACUCCAUUUUACAAGGCAAUGUGGAGAGAGGCAAAGGAGUGUGUCUAUGUCCAGUCGGAUGGUGACAAGAGCAAAGGUGUUUUCUGGUACCAGAAUAAGUUUUGAUGACUUAAACUGGUGAUGUUUGUUUCGGAAUGUUCUAGUUUCUUCUUAGGAUUUUAGCUUCCCGUUAUUGUUAACUUAGCCAUGUCUGUGCUUGUACCUCGAAUCUUGGUUGCAUUUCUUUGGAAUGAAUAAUUUUGAACUCUA